GGUUAUUCGACUUUUUAAACAAAUCGACCUCCCUCCGUCGCUCGCUCACCUCGCUUUUGGUCUUCUUCUAACGACCCAUGAAACGAGCCCUCCAAGCAGAAACCAAAUGCUGAAAGCGGGAAACAAACAGUAAAAAACAGAAGAAACCUCUCUCUCUCUCUCUCUCUCUCUCUCUCUCUCUCUCUCAAAAUCUCAAGAGAGAUAAGCAGCCAUUAGAGACAGGCCGAAGCUCUCUCUGGAUCUACUGUCCAAGACCAGAAUCGUUCACUCAAAGGUCCUGAAAAAGCAGCAAGAAACAAGCUGUUGGAUUUGUACUGCUGACAGAAAAAAGAUCCGAAUGGAACGAAACCUGGGAGCAGGACCAUCUAACAUAAAUAAUUCUUUGGAUCCUGGUACAUCACCAGACCAGGAAAUUCAAGACACACCAGAAGCAUCAAUGGCUAUAGAUUUCAUCGACAGCACCGAGAUUGCUGCUAGUUUCUUUCUAGAACUACAAGCGGCGAAAAACAUCUGUAAUGCAGCAUAUAAGGAGCUUUUGACAAAGGCAGUGGAAGCAAAUACUUGGAUUCUUAGCACUCCAGCAAUAGGUAAUUUUGAUGAGAUCUUCAAGAUAUUUCGCGCUCCAGCUCCAUCUGGAAUGAGAGUUGAAUGUUCCAUUGAAAAAACAGUUAUUCCAAUUCUUGUGGAGGAUCUGCUUUCUAUCAUGAUGGAUGUGAGAAAAUGGGCUUCAUCAUUCUGCCACAUUGUUUAUCGUGGAUCUAGCCAUGCCCCAAGUGGUAUUUUGCGGAAAUUGAGUAGAAAUGAUCCCAGAAUCCAGAAUAUACAAAUGGUGAAUGCAGAAUUUCAAUUACCGACAACAUUCAUGCAAAGCCGGAAAUUAUGCUUUUUGAGAUUCCAAAGAGAGAUCAUACCAAAAAUAUGGGCCAUUUUUGAUGUUUCAGAAGAUUAUUUCAAUGAUGAACUUCCCAAAUGUGCAUUGGAACAGAAUUGUCUAAGGAGGCCAUCAGGGGUGAUAAUCAGGGAACAUGAGAGUGGCUCUGAGAUCAUAUGGAUUGAGAACAUGCUAGCAUCUAUGAAUCCAACUAAAAACAAUAUCUACUCCAAUAUAAUCUGUUCAAAUUUGGCAUUUUGUGCGAAGAACUGGGUUAGCACCUUGUUGUGGAAGUUGAAGCGCAGUAGAAGCCUAUUUAGAGAAAUUAAGACUAAUAUUCAACCAAACACAAAAGUACACACUGCUCUCCUUGAAUUGACUCAAUCCAUGAAGAUGGCCUUUUUGAGCUAUGUCAAUGAAGCUCUGUAUGGAAGUACAUGGGUGGUUACUCUUCCUAACAUAGUAGUAAGAUUGUUAAGGGCUGUAACAGUGGAUGCAUUGGGCUUAGAGAAUUACGUUGGCUUGACUAGCUUUCGUGUUCUGGCAAAACCCCUUAAAGUUUUUGAGUUUCUUGUCAGAAAGAAUUUUGACUUCCUGGGGGUGAAUAAGGCUAAUAAAGUGGUUGAGUUUUCGACGUACGACAAUAGUAACUGCAUCACCAUAGAUGAGGAAGAAAUUUUUCAAAAUGAGUUUAUAAAGCUCCAUGCAUAUGUGUUACGGGAGACUUCAAGGGAUGAAUUUUGCUCUUUUGUCAUAUCAUCCCCAGUGAGAAAAAGAUAUUAACGCUCUUCCAGGAGGAGGGGAAGAUGUCUGCUUACUACCUUCUGGUUUUGCCAUACUGCCUGAUGGUUCUGAAGGCCUCCAAUCCAAAGCCUCUCUAGUGACCAUUGCGAAGCUUCUGCCUUUUUAUGGUGGACGGUCUGGUCAUGCUGCUAAAAGCGUAAGCCACGUCAUCGAGAACAGCAUCAACGAGAUACUUAAUGAAUUCCAAGAUGGGAGUGACGAAUGAAAGCUUUCAGAUUAGACAAAUUCCAUAAUACAAGUGCACCCAAAACUUUCUGGGCUUUCUCCUCUCUUCAUGAAUGUCAGUUUAGUAGUCAUGUCCAUUAGAUACUAUUAUGGGCUUUCAAAUGUAAAUUGAUUGAUAAAAAAAUAGUGGAUUCCAGUUUCCCUGCAUGUGGCUUAUUAAAGGUUGAUAUUUCCAUACCAAA